UUAUUUUCAAGUUGACAGGGAAGUGUUUACAAAUAACCUCAAUAAUAAGGUUUACUGGAAUCCUUUUAAAACUGAAUAUUCCUAUAUAUUUCAGUAGAAUUAAACCUUCCCAACAUUCAAAGAAUUGAUAUCUCCUGGAAAUAUUAUGUAAAAUUCAGCUUGGUGGAAAGUUACACAUUCCAACUGUUUGGAAUAAACUACUGACGUGUCCUUAAACGACUACGCCGACAUGGAAAGGAAAACUAAUAAAAAAUCCUCUGAAAUCAAGGAUAAUAAAAAGUUUGCGGCAUUAUCAACAGUUCACUUCAAUAUGAAGGGAGAUGAGAAAAAUAUUGCCUUAUUGUUUUUCCUCUACACCCUCCAAGGAAUUCCUUUGGGUUUAAGUGCUGCUUUGCCUAUGAUUUUGCAAAAUCGUGGAAUAAGUUAUAAACAACAAGCAGAAUUUAGUUUUGUAACAUGGCCGUUCAGUAUAAAAUUAUUAUGGGCGCCCCUUGUGGAUUGCAUCUUUUCCAAAAAGAUUGGAAGAAGAAAAACGUGGCUAAUACCAACACAGUAUUUAUUAGGAACAUUUAUGAUAUUCUUAAGUCAUCAUGUAGAUAAUUGGAUAGGAGAAACUCCGAACAUUGAGUUACUAACAUUAACAUUUUUCAUUCUCAAUUUUCUUGCCGCAACUCAAGAUAUUGCAGUGGAUGGCUGGGCUUUGACAAUGCUCAAAAAAGAUAAUCGUGGGCAUUCUUCAGCGUGCAAUAGUGUAGGCCAAACGGCAGGAUUUUUCUUGAGCUAUGUUUUAUUUAUGGCAUUAGAAUCAAGUAGUUUUUGUAAUAUGUACCUGAGAUGGGAACCUAAGGAUGAGGGUAUUAUAUCCUUAGCCGGAUUCCUAUCUUUUUGGGGUUGGCUAUUUUUGAUAACAACUACUCUUGUCGCAAUUUUAAAAAAAGAAGAGGAACCUAAAGAUGGUGACCGAGAAAUCAUACACAAUACAGAUAUCAACACUGCCUACAAGUCUCUAAAGGAAAUAUUAGGCCUUAAAUCGGUGCAAAUAUUAAGUAUUAUAUUAUUGACUAGUAAAAUUGGCUUUUCUGCUACUGACAGUGUUAUGUCCUUGAAAUUAGUUGAAGCUGGUAUACCUAAAGAAAGGCUUGGUCUACUUGCAGUACCCUUGAUUCCUGUACAAAUUGCACUGCCCUUGGUGAUAGCAAAAUAUACCUCAGGUCCUCGACCACUCGAUAUAUAUGUGAAAGCGAUGCCUUAUAGAUUGAUGUUUGGAUUUGUAGCAGCAUUUUUAGUUUGGAUAACACCAACUUUUGUACCGGACGCUUCUCAGGGAUUGCCAAUUCUUUAUGUGGCUUUUGUGUUGAUUUGUUACGUGAUACAUCAGGUAUGCGUAUAUUGCAUGUUCGUUUCGGUGAUGGCAUUCUUUGCAAAGGUCAGCGAUUCUUCUGUUGGCGGUACUUAUAUGACACUGCUGAACACUUUGGCCAAUUUAGGGGGCAAUUGGCCCUCUCUGUUGGCUUUAUAUUUCGUGGACCCCUUAACAUGGAAACAAUGUGUGGGAGGAACAGACCAAAUGGAUAAUACUUGCAGGGACCCAACCGAAAAAGAGCUGUGUUUGACUGGAGGCGGGGCUUGUCAAACAGUUCUGGAUGGAUUCUAUGUAGAAAUAUUUGUUUGCGCUAUCAUUGGAUUUCUAUGGUUGACUUGGGGUAAGAAGAAGAUCAGCUAUAUUCAGAAUUUGGACGAUUAUGCUUGGAGGUUGUCGAAAAGAAGGAGGUAGUAGAUUUAAUACUUCGUUAUACACAAUUACCCAUUGCAAAUGAGUUCAAUUUGAAGAGUGAUAAUUGUGAUAAGCACCGUUGAAUAUUGAAAAUUAUAUUUUGUUAUUUUUGCAUUUACAGUGAGUGAUAAAAAUUGUGGAAUCUGAAA